CCCAAGGGUAAUCGUCAACGCUAGCCGAACUUCUUUCCAUGUUCAAGGACAUAAUUCCACAUUCCAGCUAAUCCCAACCCAGGGACAUCCUCGCAUCGAGACCCUUCAUCUGCUGAGAUGGAAGACAAAGUCGAAAGUCGAAAUUCUCAUGAUCUACCCUUACAAUGCGUAGAUCUCACCCCAUUGUCCACAACACUUCGCGGCCUUUCAUUACAACCAGACCCCACGGACGACUUGUGUGAGGUUUGUUGCAAGGUGGACUUUGGCCUUCUGAGGAAUUGGCUCCAUCUCUGUGAGACGGAACAUGGCGAUCGGUGCAGUCAGUCUAGCUUGGUAUCAGAAACGGGAAGAAAGAUUCGACUCAUAGACGUGCUGAACCGUCAGCUUGUGGAUAGCACCACGAACGAGCGGUACCUAACUCUCAGCUACGUUUGGGGUUCUUGGGAACAAUUCACUUUGACCAGCCGGAACAUCGGAGAUCUGCGAGCCUCUCACAGUUUGAAAGGUGAGGAUAUGAUAAGAACGAUCCAGGAUGCUUUUGACGCGGUUGCCAGAAUGGGCGAGCGGUACCUAUGGGUUGACCGCUUGUGCAUCCUUAUGGACGAUGAGCAGGAUAAGCUGGAACAAAUGUCGAACAUGGAUCAGAUAUACAAUGCUGCUGUUCUGACUAUUGUCACCAGUAGUGCAUGUUGUCAAUGUGGUUCAAAUGCUUGUAUACCAGGCGUGCAACCAGACACCCGUCAAUUGCUCCAACACAGCGAGGUCAUUCGUGGCAAACGGUUCGUCACAACUCAGUCGGAUCUUGUCUCUGCUAUACGCAUGCUGAACUGGUCAUCUCGUGGUUGGACAUUCCAGGAAGGAUUCUUGUCCUCGCGUUGCCUCGUCUUCACACCCUAUCAAACAUACUUCCAGUGCAAGUCCGAGGAGUGGUGCGAAGAUUCCUGUUGGGUUGGUGCUAAGCCGCUUGAGCCGAAAGCUCCUGUAGGUAAUGCGUUGUGCCAUAUUCGCGACUACCCAGAUACUUUCAUACGAUGCGAUUUCAACCAAUACGUUGACGCCGUUGAAGCUUACUCGACUAGGAAUCUUACACUCGAAACAGAUGCACUAUGGGCAUUUACAGGAAUUACGAAAGCAUUCCAACUUCAGUUCCAGAACGGCUUCGCUUGGGGCUUGCCCAUCGAAAAUCUCGAUGCCGCAUUGCUCUGGUGUCCAUUGAAGCUCCAACAGGGUUCGCGGAAGGGCUUACAUGCGGCAAUCCUUGAUCAUCACACCGUUAGACUGCCAUUUCCGACUUGGGCUUGGGUCUCUUGGCGCGGCGGGGUUGUGUAUGGUGCGAAAUGUGAGAAGGAGGUGACAGGUCUGGUAGAAUGGCACCCGCCUGCUCACUACUCAGUGAAUCCGAAAAAUCCGCUUUCGGACCAAGUUGACAAACAUUCGCCAACUUCUAUACACAGCAGCGAGUCAACGCAAUCGGAAGAUGUUAUCAUGGACGAACGUGCCUUAGGUCUCUUGCGCUUUACUGCCGCUACCGCUUAUUUUGACCUUAAGGCGCAGGGGGCGUAUGCUCAUGAGGAUCAUACUAAAGAUUGUGCUUUUUGCAAGCAAUGGUCUCUGUGUCACAUCCGAGCAAGGUCAGGAAAGAACGUAGGUGGAAUAUGGGUGCCAAAGCCAUGGUUUGAGGCACGUAGUGCCAGCCAGGCGGAGUUUAUCCUUCUGUCCAAGCAUAUUCAAAACGCUGAAGACGAAACAUGCCAACAGGUGUGGACGCCAGGCACUGAUCCUCGUUACCCUAAUAAAAGAAUUGGUAAAGGUAUCAAGCAUGUUGAUGGAUGUGAGCAUCAGUCCGGCUACAAUAUCAUGCUCGUUGACUGGAAGGAGGGACCGCAUUGCCGUGUGGCAGUCAGAAUGGGCAUCGCAAUAAUCCACAGAAAUGACUGGCAAGAGGCAGAGACAAGUUCGAAAUUGGUUGUACUGAGUUGA